AAUUCUAAGUUUUUCCGUGAAUCUCACUUGAACCCCUCCAUUGAGCGACUCCCACUUCGAAAGUCUACCAAUCGCGAUAGCAACAACAGGAAGAAGACCAGAAUGUCUGAGAAAACGGCUGUGAUUACUGGGGCGACGGGGCAGUUGGGGAGGCAGUGUGUUAAAGCUUUUGAAGGUGCUGGGUGGAAAACCGUUGGGGCCGGUGAGUUUUGGUGGUGGUGGCUGUGGCGUGAUCGCUUGCCCUGUCCGUUGGCGUAGAGUGCUAACGGGUGAUUGUUGGGUAGGGUUUUCCAGAGCAAAUCCCCCGGCAAUUUUGAAGGUGGAUUUGGGGAAUACGGGGGAGGUUGCCGAGAUGUUGGAGGAAAUGAAGCACGUUUUUCUUCAGCCAUUGAUGGUACAAGGAAGCUUACUCUAAUGCUAUGCAAUGUAAAUAGGCCGAAGGUGGUGGUUCAUUGUGGGAAUGCCCCCCUUAUCGCAUUUACCUGUACGGCGUUCGUCUAAUACACAGGCCUCGAGAGUUAGGCGCUGCAGAACGCUUCCCCGACAAAUGCAACGCCGAUCCCGAGGGCGUCAAACGUCUGAACGUAAUUAAGCUCUCAGUCUACUAACAUUUGUCCAAAACAGAUCAUUGAUGCGCCCAUGCAUGAGAAAUCUAGGUUCAAGCAUCAAACAGCCUCGCCCAGGAAUGUGCGAACCGCGAUAUAGUUCUGAUCUAUAUAUCCACGGACUACGUUUUCGACGGGAAACCCGGUGCAGCGCCGUACGAGGCCCACGCCGCCACCAACCCGCCAAACUUCUACGGAGAGACAAAGUUGGCUGGCGAGCAAGCCGUCCUGAGAACGUGGAAGAAGAGCGUGGUGUUCAGGGUUCCGGUGUUGUACGGUGAGGUCGAGGAGAACAAGGAGAGUGCGAUUAAUGUGCUCCUCGACACGGUUUGGAACAAGGCUGGGAAGGACAGGGUAGAGAUGGAUCAUUGGUCUGUUCGGUAUCCCACGUGAGUUACGAUGACGAUGCGACCACAGAGUCUAAAUCCCUGGAAUUCCAGAUGGGAGGGGCAAUUACUGAACUAUCCCACAGGAACACGUCUGAUGUAGCGCGUGUCCUCAAGGACGUAGCUGGUGAGCAUGAUGAAACUUCCCCCGCUAUUACUUUGACAACCUUGCUGAAAGCAACGUUCUAGAGAGAUAUACUUCGGCAGACGACAUCGACUCCCUUCCUAAGGUCUUGCAGCUCAGCUCCGAGGACCGUAUGACAAAGUAAUCCCCCUUUUGGGUUCCAUACCUCACGAUAAUGUGCUCACAUGUCUGCUUGUCAGAUAUGAAAUCUGCCAAAAGCUCUCCGAAAUCGCCGGUCUCUCCAUUAACCACAUAGUCGGAAACGACAAGAAUGACCCCAAUGCAUCUGGUAUGGCUAGUCUUGUCGUUUCUGCUUUAUGUCCGAUGUAGUGAGGCUAAGCCGGGGGGGACUGCAAUCAAAAAUACAGUUGUGAGACCCUACGACUGCCAUCUAUCCACCAAGGCUCUUAAAGACCUUGGCAUCUCAGUUGAUACCGUCCCUUUCGAUGUUUGGUGGUGCGCAUACUCCUUCUCACCUGAUCGCCCUAUCGUCAUUACUAGAUCUGAUAAUGUCACUAUCACAGGCAGCGUCACUUGCGCGCUUUUAAGCAUUGAAUCUAGCCAACGAGAGGCCCGAGGUGCGUUCCGGAGGGUAGGAGAUUACAUCUGGAGCUCUCCGUAUAGGGAGUUGAAAUGA